AUGGCUUUCUGGGAGCAUGCUGGUUUCUGCGGAAGAGGGGUCAACGGUGACAUCGCCCAACUGUUUGCAGAGCUUGAAGCAUACCGAAUUGCGGUCUUCUCUCAAAGUGUUGCUGGUAGCAGCCGCAAUCCGCGUCUCGUUGACUACGGGGUUGCGCUUCAUAGUCUUCAGAGCAGUCUUCUGAAACGGUACAAACAUGAGAGCAAGUGGUUGACGCCCAAGGACAUGUCGCCCAACCGCAUGCAGUGGUGGGGGAGGAAGAAGACGGUGGAACAGGAAGAAGCCCAAGUCGCUUCACCAAAGGCAAUUGAACGCUCCAUCUACCUCGCCCACAGCCUGUACCUCAUCAACGCGGCUUUCGAGAAGCCAUGGCUCUGCACAAGAAGGCAAUGUCCUCGUGUCAAUGGACGCCACACAGAAGUCAAACGGGACUGUGGCCUGGUGCGGUAUAUCUUUCACUGUGGGCUCGAGGUCCUCUCUCUUGCUGGGGAGAACGAAGAGGCGUUCAGCCAUCUCGAUGUCAAAAACGAGAUCCAUCAAUUCAGAGGUGGCUUGGGCGGUUGGCAUCCGCGGGUUGUGGAGCUUUUUCACGAAGUGAACGACGUGUGGCGCGGUUCUAUGAUCCCUUUGAUGUUUUUCUGA